AUGAUAUAUAGUAUCAGGAGACUAUCUAGUUUGCAUAGCUGCAAAAUUUGGCAUGAACAUGUAAAUUACUGCAAAAAAUUUUCACUCACCAAUCACAGCACUAACGCUAAUUGCAAUUAUCCGAGACACCGCUCCAUAACUUCGCAAAAUAAUUCUCACAAGCCUGCGACUCAGUCUCUUUCUCGGUGGAUACGGUCAUUAAUUCUGUUCUGGGUAAACAAACAAUCACACGGAACCAAGAUUAGGGAUUUGCAUGCCAUAGAUAACCUAAAUGAACUUUGUAUUUAUUUGUCUAACAUCCAAAUUAAAGAUUCCACCGGUACCCUAGUCACUAGAAAUGAUAAGACCAAAGAGCAGCUACUAGCGCAGCGGUUUGAGACCCUGUAUCUCCUACACAAAAAAUUGUUGGUUCGAGAACUGGCCGGGGGAACGUCCAUAAAACAUCUAGUCAUAACAUUAAACUCAUACACCAGACUUAAAUCAUUGUUCCCCGGGCAUAUCAACCAAAUUUAUGUUAUGUCACAGGAAUUAGUGGAAUCAUUAGCUACUACACUAACGUACAAUGCACAGCCACUUGUGAAUAUAAAUGAACAGGACGUAUCGCUGCUACUGAAUGGGAUGUCAAAGCUUAAUAUCCGACACAAGAUUGUGCUAAAACUGCUGGAAAAUUUAUUGUUGAGACAAUUAGAAAAUAAAACUUUAUUUGUUGAGACUUUUAGUCCUCAGGGAAUAUCAUUGGUAUUGAACGCAUUCCAAAAAUUUGACUGGACAUCCUCUCCAUAUCUGCUAAUGGCCAUAUCGCAAUUUGCACUUAAAAUAAUCAAAAAAUUCACUCUCACACAAUUGUCUGUUACUUGUCAUGCUCUUUGGAAAUUGCAGCUUAGUGACGUAUACAUAAAACCUCUUCUAAAGCAUUUAGACAAGACACUGGCAACAAAUGAUGAUGAGAUUGACUUGAAGAUACUAAGCAUAUCACUUUACACUUUCGGCAAAUUGGAAUACUUCCCAGAAUUAUCUAAGGAUAUAAUAACAAGAGGAUUAGCUAAAGAAUGUAGUGAAAACUUGGACAAUUAUGGAGUGGAGAGGGAAAAUUUGUUAACUAAUGUUAUCCAUGGGUUAUCCCAACUCAAUUGGCAGUUGAAUUAUUUUAUGGAUAAGCUGUUUGACUUGAUUACUGAAAAACCAUUGUCAACUAUAGGCUUGGCCACAACAAUAGUAUCACUUUGUAAGUUGGAUCAUAGACCAUUAAUACUAGCGAUCAGACAUUUUGAUACUCGAAUAAAAUCUAAAGAUUGUAAUAAAUAUUAUAAUUUGUUAAGUGCACUAUUUCAGAGGAUUAGUUUCACAAUGCAAUUGGCUAGAACACCAGAGUUUACAACCAAUUCAUCUACCUCGCUGAUAACAAGCAAACAAUUAUCAAAUACCUUAUUCACAUUUAUCCUAUCCAAUAACACAAACUUAGCGAUGUAUAAUUAUUUACUAGGCAGCUUAGCUGCGCUAGAAACAGCUAACAGUUUAAGCUAUAAGGGGCUGAUUCAAUUAAUCUCAACAGUCCCAUUUUUUUUAAUGGAAGAUUCGAUACUUUCAAAAUUAACCAUCGAAUCCUUGAAGUAUCUAAAUCAAGUUAUUGAAUUACUCAACAUGGAUGCCAAUGGUAUGCUUACAAGUAUCAAUAGUAAAGCAAAUUAUAGCGAAAAAUAUGCCACAAAAAGCUCAAAAACACACCUUUCCAUCGCAAGCACAACUAGGAAAGUUGUUAAACACACACAUAAUGAAGCAAAUGUAUUUAUAGAGUAUAAAAGUAUCCCUUACACAAUAGAUAUUGUGGUUAAAUCGUAA